AUGACACAAAUCUGUUAAAAGGAUUAGUUAUAUAUUAAUAAAUUUUAUAUUGGCAUUCACUUUAAUAAAGAAUUUUUGGAGGCCUUUAGAAUGAGCUUAAGUUAAAUUUUAAAGGAUUCAUUACUAUCACAUUUUAUAUACUCUAUGGACCAGAAUUUCCUUCAGAUGGUUUAUUUAUUUAUACAGUUGAAAAAAAUGAGCCAGUUUCCAAAUCAACCAAAAGUUAUAAUAAUUUAUAUUCUAAUGGAGAAAAAUUCAUAUAUGAAAGAAUAAAUCAUCAUAAAAAUACAUUAACAAUAAGUUAGGAAUGCUUAGGAUCAAAUAAAAGCUUAUUGUGGAUUUUUAAAUUAUUAUGUAGCUGUUCAUAAAUGUUAACCUAAUUGUUUAUAAUGCUUAAAUGAAACUACAUGUACUUAAUGGAGUAGCGAUUUUGUUGAAAAUGUUGUUAAAUUUUCACAAGAAGAGCUUUUAAUUAAUUACUAUUAUGAUAAUGAUUCUUAUGAUUGUUUGGAUUGUCCAUUAUCUUGUUUAACUUGCACAUGUAAAAUGGUUUGUUCAACAUGCUAAUCUACUUUCGGAGAUUAUCUUGUAGUCGGAUAAGAAUAAUAUGAUGGUGGGAAUCAAGUUGAUACCAAUGGAUGCCAAAAUUGUAAAUAUUUUUGUAGAAUUGGAUGUUCUUCUUGUAAAUAUGCUACAUACACUUUUUUAAACUGA